UAAGUGAGAACUAUUCAGCUCUUGAAUAAAUACAGUGCAAUUACCUCCAUAUACUGUGGAAUAUAAGCAUAAAGUAUGGAACCACAAAAUACAGUGUAAAUGUACCUCUUUACUCCAUUGUGUGUAGGGAUGGGCAUCGAGAACCGGUUCUGUUUUAGAACCGGUUCCCAGUGAACCGAUUGUUUGGGAUCGUUAGCCAAAUUCUUUAACGGUUCUGCUAACGGUCCUCUGUGGCGUUGCGCAUGCGCAAACUUUUUUAGUUUCUUCAGACUGCAGCAAACAUGGCAACUAGGCAGAGGCGCUCUAAAGUUUGGCUCUAUUUCACACGACAAAAUGACAACUACGCCACUUGUAACGUGUGUCAAAAAUCUAUUUCGUCGAAGGGAGGAAAUACAACAAAGAUGAAGAAGCAUUUGAACACAGCGUGGAAUUAAAUGACAGGAGUGUCGUGUGUUCGAUGCAGCAGCUCAGCGAACGCCGGCGCUUCAUCUCUUUCUGUCCAAGCCUCCGGUUGGCACUCCGUGUCGUCUGCAGCUGGAUGGACAAGGCAAAAGAAAUUAAAGGGAGGUUCUUCUUCCUCUUCCUCGCUGCCUUUGUCUUCAUCCUCUGCCUCGCUGUGAGGAUGCCCAGGACGUACGUGUCCGCCCCGCAGCCGCGUCAGUCGUCGGAGGCUUGCCCCUCGCGGAUCUCCUCGCGGACCAUCACUCCCCUGAACGGCACCAAGCACCUGCUGGUGUCGGCCUACAUGGACCGGAGAGAGGCCGGCUCGGACGUGCGCAUCAUCGGCAUAUUUAAGAGGGACUCCAUCCAACCCCUUCACUGCGUGUUCUGCUGCGCGGGCCAGCUAUCAACCACGACUCCGGGGACCAUCUUGCCACACACGGACCACUUUGGGUUCCCCUACGCCACCACGGACGUCAUGUGUCGGAUCCCUCAGAACUGCAACGCCACGCACGUCGACCUGCUGACUCGGCCGGGCAGCAGCGCGAGGCCGCCUCACCGGCGCUGGCUUCCUAUAGGAAACCAGGAAACCAACGAGAAGGAGGAGGAGCCGGAGAAGCCUCGGUUUAACUUCACAGUCUGCAUCUCCAACCUGUUUGGAGGCUACAACAACGUGCUUCAGUUUGCACAGACACUGGAGAUGUACAGGUUACUGGGCGUGAACCGGGUGGUGAUCUACAACACCAGCUGUGGUCCAGAACUGGACCGCCUGCUGCAGGGCUACAUCCAGGAGGGCUUCGUGGAGGCGGUUCCCUGGCCCAUCGACCGACACCUGAAUCCGUCUCGCGGCUGGCUCUUCUCGCAGAGCGGGGGGGACGUGCACUACUUCGGCCAGCUGACCACGCUCAACGAGUGCGUCUACAGGUCCAUGGAGCGCUCGCGCUACGUCCUGCUGAACGACAUCGACGAGAUCAUUAUGCCCUACCGACACGACACCCUGAACGCCCUGAUGGACGCGCUGCAGCCACAGCAACCAAAUACGGGAGUCUUCCUCAUUGAGAACCACAUCUUCCCCAAGAAACACUUUGAGCCAAGCAGGAGGUUUCACUUGCCUCAGUGGAAUGGGGUGCCGGGCGUCAAUAUCCUGGAGCACAUCUACAGGGAGGAGCCCGACAGAACGUCCUACCACCCACACAAGAUGAUAGUUCAGCCGAGGAUGGUGGUGUGGACUUCAGUCCACGAAGUGCUCAAGAACUACGGACAGCGGUUCAAGGUCCCGAUGGACGUCUGCCGGAUCGUCCACGUCCGCAAUCCUCUGCGUGGCUCGCUGACGCUGGAGCAGCUCAACGAGGACAAGCGGCUGUGGGACUUCCAGGAAAAACUGAUUCCCAGGGUGGACCGAGCGCUGAGGAGAGCCGGGCUGCUGAGCACGGAGGGGCGGAGCUAAAGGAAGGAAGGGAUGGACAGAGACUUCGGGGGUGUCACGAGUCACGACCAUUUUACUUUCCCAAAAUGUGCACUUGGUGAAUGACGCUGCUCAAAUCGUGAAUAUUUCAAAUAUGCCAACUUGUCCACAAAAAAGUGACGCAACCGCCGUGUUGUAACCGGCUGCAACGUAACCGAUGUUCUCUCAAGCUGCCAGAUGGAGCGAGUCAAUUGGCUGCUGUGGUUUCGGUACAAGACGUUUGAGGGGUGAUUGUUUCUGGUCCAACGGUGGAGCAGCUGGCGUACGAUGGUUCAUAUUGGUGUUGGUAGAGAAUGUGCUCAGGGUGUAACGCACACUGAAAAUGGUCGCUUGCCAAGACCGAUGUUAUUGGUGGAGGUGACUGAACACGUCUCAACGGGGGAGCGCACGACUUCGACGAUGACCACCGAUCUGAAGAUAUAAGACUAAAGGUCGCGGCAGUUUUUCUUUUUUUGGGGGGGCUAUCUGUUUAAUUAUUCACUUCACUUCUGAAUAUGUAAAAUAUAUAUAUAUAUAUAUUAUAAUAAAUUCCUGUUGAACUAUUUUUGCAUGAUUCAACUUGGAACUCGUGGGAGUUACAAAAUCAAAUGUGAUUGCACCAAUCACACGUCAUGAGCUCUGUCAACAGUAAAGGUGACGGAGGUGUAGACGGAGAACGUUUACACACAACAAACAAGCUCAUGUGGGUCCUCCACAGCCCAGUUAUUAAUAUGACCUCCAUUCAUAUCUUAACAUUUUAGAAUAUUUACGUCUGUUUGGUUUCUACGUUGCUGGCACACUGGAAUAAAAAGCUCAGUAAAUCACUU